AUGAGAUGCCAAGCCGGAUCCAAGGCGGAUGCGCCAGCCAGUCAUUUCGCGAUGCCUGGCCCGCGGCUGAUGCUUUUAUGCCCCGACUCGGCUUUGACGCAUGUGCCGGGUCCGCUCCCAUUGCGCGUCCCUGUUGUUUCACCGAUUUGUCUCGUUGCGUCCCUCAUUCAGCCUGAGUGCAGGCAGUGUCAAAAGGCCUGCGUGCUGCAUCGCUUCAGACCGCAUCGACGACGACGGCGCGACCUUUUUCUCGAGGUCGAUGUGGGGUGGCAAGGGGUCGGUGGUUCAUCAGGCGCGUGCCUCUCCACAGCGGCGGGCUUGCAGCCCAUUGUUGAUGUGCUUAAUCCCAAGAGCCCAGCGACCUCGUCAAUAAAACAGCGGCAGGCAACCCAUGCUAACAUGCCUCAGGCGAGAAAGAAGGUUCGAGGAGAGCGGCCGACGGCGGCGCGAUGCCACUGGCGCACCCACGUGGGCUGGACCAGGGCACCAGUGCAGGGAGCAGCGAGAGGCGGUGGGCCAGGCUUCAGCGGACGGCACGUCAAUGGGGCACACCUGAACUCAGUCACUGCCCGAGGUGCUUGCGUGAAUCUCACUGGCUGCUCGACUCCUCCAGGACCCUGCGGGGAGCACCGGGGCACCAACCUUGACAAGAGCGCCUCCAACAGGGCGACCCCAGGCCAACGUGGAUGCGUGGUUGCUGAUAAUGUGGGCUUUGUUCAAGGUUUACCUUGGUCUCGAUCCUUGGUUCCACGGAGCCGGCGCAUCAUGGAAGCAAUGCAAUCAAGGUCCUCCAAGGCCCCCUCCGCCUGUGGUACCCACAAAUAA